GACUGAGUGACGGCCGGCCGGCUGUACCUGCCUGUGGUGGGUGGGGGUGACGUGUUACGAGAGAGAGGCCUGUAUGUCUCUGCUGCCUCCCUGCCUGCCUGUUUUGAUGCCUGCCUGGCUGCCUAUGGUGUCUUGUGCUCAACAGACGGAUGGAUGGAUAGAUGGGACAAGGAAGAGAGUCGGCCUUCCUGCCUGCCAGCUUUGCCCACCAUCCCUCGUGGUGAUGGGAUGUGAUGCCAACCGACCGACUGCCCGACUGCCCGUCUGUCUGCCUGCCUGUCUGUCUGCCUGGGGGUGUCACUGUCACACACGUCUGGCUGAUUGUGCUGUUGUGCUGUGCUGUGUUCCAACACGCCUUUUGCCCACACACCCAUCGCACGCACACACGCACACACGCACACACACGAGCACCUUUUUAUGUUCUCGGAGGGAGGGAGGGGAGGGAGGGAUCAAGUGCUUCUUCCUUUCCCCACCACCAGUCAAUCAAGCAACCACCUCUGCUGGCGGUGUUUUUGUCAGGGCAGGCAGGCACAUAGCUCACUAACACGAAUGCGUGUGCACUCACUGGUGAAGAGGCAAACGUGGCAGUCAGGUCUUUUGCGUCGGCGGGGUGGAAUGAAUGGAGGGGGAAUGGGUGGAUAUGGUGGACUGAGAGAGAGCAUCUGUGUCGCCAUUCUUUAUGUAGGAGGACACACACACACACACACACACUGGGUGGCUGGUGGGAGACGAUGGGUGGGCGGUGGAUUGACAUGUGACGUGCCCCCAGAACUUUCUUUGCCAGCCUCACCUACUUGCUACUGCUGCUGCUAUGCUCUGUCUGUCUCUGUGUCGGUCGCUGAGAGGGAAGAAGAGAGAAAUGCGCACAGCGGGGCACCCGCGCGAUUUUCUAACCGUGUCUGCCUGUCUGUCUGUCAGUGCUUGUCCAUGUCCGUCCACUCGUCCCUACUUCUCGCUCGCUAUCACUCCGCUCGUCAGCCACGGGGCCGGUCAUGACGGUUUGCUUUGUUUCUGAGGGCCGCCUUGCUGGCUGGCUGGCUGGCUGGCUGGCUGGCUGCCCACCAUCACAUUGGAUCUGUCUGCCGCUGGCCCUUUUUUGCGGGUGUCUCUCCUCUGUGGUGGGCCUGGGGCCUUUCCUCUCUGUCUCUGUGGAUUUGUGGGUGUGGAUAUGGCGACGUGGGCCAAGUACACACCUCAGGUGAGCAACGGACGGACGACGGAUGGACGAAUGCACUACUCUCUCUCUCUCUCUCUCUGUGUGUGUGUGUGUGUGUGUGGCGCGUCAGAUUGCUCACAUGUGAUAUUUGGCACGCCAUUUGGCUUCGUCGAUUACCGCAACAAGGCUGGCGACCCCAUGGAUGACGCCGGGCACGGAACACAUGGUUUGUAGCACUGCAGACACAGACAAAACAGACACACACAGACACACACAGACACACACAGACUCACAGACAGACAGACCUACCGAUUGGCCGAUAUACCAAUCGACUGACACCACACCUGUCUGUCUGUCUGCCUGUGUGCAUUUGUUUAGUUGCUGGUGUCAUUGCCGCCAAGGGCAACAACGGAGCCGAAGUCAGCGGCGUUGCGUGGAAGGGCCAAAUCAUGGCACUCAAAUUCCUCGCGGCUGAUGGCAGUGGUAGGAUACUGACCCACUGAUACUCUUUGUGAGUGAGGCUGCAUGUCUCUGUGUGCCCCAUCUGUGUGUGUCUCUCUGUGUGUGUUUGUUGUGCGUCUGCAUUGUGAUCAGAUCUAAUGUCGGAUGCCAUCGAGGCCCUCGAGUAUGCGGUGGACCACGGGGCGCACGUGACCAGCAACUCCUGGGGGGGAGCCCGAUUCAGCUCCGCACUCUACAACGCCAUUGUCGCCAACAUGAAGGUCAACCAGCUGUUCAUCUGUGCCGCAGGCAGGCAACAGGACGACGUCAUGCCCGACUUCCCGGCGACCUUCGGCAUUCCCAACAUGGUGACGAUCACGGCGCAUGACGAAGUCGGCAAUAAGACCAUCCACCUCGCAGCGCCCGGUGCUAACAUCAUCUCGACAGUGCCACCCAGCCUGUUCAAUGAAUCGUAGGCGACGUGCAUGACGGAAACAAAGAGAACCCCUCUGUCUACGGGCGUCUGUCUGUCUGUCUGUCUGGGCUUGUAGGCUGUACACGGCCAACGGCACAUCGAUGGCCGUGCCGCACGUGACGGGUGCUGUGGCGCUCAUGCUGGCGGUCAACCCGGACCUGACGAGCGGCACGUCCCUCUCUGAAAACGACACGUUCCUGACCGUCACCGAGAAGAGACUCAACGUCAGCAAGGCCCUCCCCAGGUAGCCCUUCCUGACCGAGAAGAGACUCAACGUCAGCAAGGCCCUCCCCAGGUAGCCCUUCCUGACCGAGAAGAGCCGGUCGUCUGUCUGUGGGUGCCCCCAUAGCCAACGGUGGCACUCGUGUCCUGAUCGUGCAAGUGCAGGACGUGACGGGAGACCACGCCAACGACUUUGAAGUGCUGCCGCCCAAGGGCAUGAUAGUCUCCGUCUCGCCCAACCAGGAAUCCCACCUUGUCAAGGUCAGCCAGCCCACACUCACCAACAAGCCGUCCUACAUGGCUCGCUGAACGUCUGCCUGUCUGUCUGUCUGUCUGUCUCUCUCUCCUUCUUUCCCUCUCUGGUCUCCUCAGGUCCGUUGCAUCCCGUCCAAGAGCGGCACCCGCACCGCCACGCUGCACCUGGCCACCAACGAAGGCUCUCCCGCCGGCAGGGACAAGACACUCACACUCCAAGCAUCCGGGAUCGCAUCCUAUUCAACACAGCCAACACCUACAAAGUCAAGGUCAGUCAGCGACGCGAGAAUUGGCAGCAGCGAUCAUCCAACUUCUUGGUUGUUUCUCUUCUGGCGUGGCGUGCGUUUUAAUGCGGGCGUGUCGAUCCGUCGAUUGGUCAUCAGAGAGCUAAUGAGGAUGCGGUCAAGGGACUCAUAUACUGCGUGCAGCUGGGGAUGGACACCCAGAUGACCACCGCCCCCGACUACGUCAUGACCACCGGUAGGUAGAAGCUGCUGAGAAGAAGUAGUGAGUGAGUGAGUGAGUGAGUGAGCGAGGGAAAUCAUCCAGGAAGGGUAUUUGUUGUCUUGUCCAUUCAGGUGACUUCUUCUUGUUCGGGAACAAGACGGCUGAGAACAAGCUCACAUUUGAAUCUGGCGAGAGGAAGACGGAGGUGGCUCUGCCCUUCCCUGUCCCGUACUUCGGUGGCAUCUACUCGACCAUGAAGGUUUCACUCGACGGCUCAAUCCUACUCGACUACGACGUGGUCAGUAGACGCGCGCUCAUCUAUCCACUUGGCGUCCAUCCUCUGUGUGUGUGGCCGCGUUGACUGGUUUUUUUGGUCAGGUGAUCAACGGGUACGCAUCGUCCGAGUUGUCGACGACGGAUGGCGUGUACGUGGAGGUCGAUGAGUACACCGGCGCGGAACCAUCAACUUCCAGGUGGUGCUCGAGGAGAACGUCCAUGGCAUCACGCACGCCGACGCUUUCAACCCGCAGAGCGACAAGCACAUCAAGGUCGGACUCAAGAGCGCCACCACACAAGGCCGUUUCGGCCACUUCGGCGUACCCCACCCACGGGCACCGCUAUCCAAUACAUGCCCAUCUCAGCACACCACUGGAUGACCAUGGCCGGCACGCCCCACGGAAUCAUCCCGCCCAAGGGGCAGACCGAACUCAGAAUCAACCCACGGAAACCGACGGACUCCAGGGUACGUACCUCGCCAACACACACAUAUACACACAUACACGGCCAACAUCCAUCCAUCAAGCAGCUCCUUCUCUGUGUCGCUUUCUGUCUGUCUGUCUGUUUGUUUGUUUGUUUGUGUGUCUGUGUGUGCUGCAUUGAUUAUUCGGACAGUGUGCCACACGGACCCCGACGCGUGCGAUCUGUCGCGCACUUUGUGGCAGGGCGGCCAACGCGUCCUGUACCUCAACACCAACGACACCUUCAUGAGACUUCCACUCGAGUUUAAAGUGAGGGAGCGGAGAUCACCGCCGAGGGCGAAAACCCCCUGCUGCACUUCGACAGGUACGCGAACCGCCACACAGAUAUGUGCUGUCCAUGUCCCUUCCCGAUGCAUCAAUCGCAUCCUUUCUGAUGUGUGUGUGUUGGCUGGUUGGUGUGGCUACUCACAUGCAUGCAGGUACUCGGAGAAGGAGUUGUUGGUGUCGGGUGACUUCCCAGAAUGCCGCCACAUGCGCCCGCCAGUGUCCGGAGGAGACCAUCUGCAAGUCCUUCGACUUUGAACAGCUUUCCUCGUGCAAGAUGACCCGAUCGACCAAGGACGACGACCCCACCAAGUUCGUCACGCCCACAGGCCGGUACGAACCAAGACACACACACACACACACACAGAUGUCCUCAAGAGACACGCAUCAAUUAAGAUAAUACUGUCUUUCUGUGUCUUUCUUGGUUCUCCCUCCAAACGCACAGCUGGGGACCAGUACGAGGUCAAGGCCGCUGCGCGUCGGCUGCAAACGAAGGGCAGCAAGGGCGCCUAGAGCCUCCUUCCUUUGUCUGUCUCGUGUGUAUUACGGUUGGCUUUGCCUAGUGUGCUAGGGGGGAGGGCCUGUCUGUCUGUCUGAUCGGUUUUGGUCGUGUGUGUGCUUUUGGGCGGUGUUCCUUUCACACCGACUGGCAGUGCACGAGUGUGGGGUUUGGGAGUGUGUGAUAGGGUGAGUGGGUUGGGCUACUUGGGGGUAGUGUAAUACGGUCAACUUCGCAGUCCCUCCCCCCGCCAGGUUCACAUGUGUGUGUGUAUGGCACAACAGCAGACAGAAGUGGAAAAGGAACCACGGGACAGGACAAUAUAUCAGAUAUACAAAUGCAUCGAUCUACAUAAAGCAUACGGCCGUUGGCUGGUCCUGGCCCGGCUCAGACGGCUGAUGAGUGUGUGUGAGUACUCUUCUCGCAAUGGGAUGGGGCUGGGCAAUGGCAUAGGGGUGGGUGUGAGUGAUAUUAGUGAUAUUUUGCACUGGAAGUUAAUGAUUGCAAUCAUUGCAUGGGCGUGUGAAUGCGCAUAGUGCAGACAGGCAGAGUGCGAAGAUCAAUCCAAGAUCAAUGUACCGGCACAACUCGUACAAACGAGACAGUGGAUGCAUGAGCUCUGACUGUCACCUCUUUGGGCGGUCUGUGUAGGGGAGUGUCAUCCAUCCACACACAUGUACACGCGAUGCAUCUCUCUCUCUCUCUCUCUCUUCGUUGCCUAUCACCAAUGUAUUGAUCACCCCAUGCAUCGGUCAGCCAUACACAGAUGGGGCGAUGGGUGGAGGCAUGGAGACGUACAUGCGUGGGACAAUCACGCACGCGCUUGGUAUC